GCCUCUUGUCAGCUAAAGCAGCACCAUGCUGUACAGACAGCUCAUGAACCUUGUGUGUACUGGCUUCUUCCUAAUCCUGAGGACCUUGGUACAAGCAGGAAGUCAUGACAAGCCUUCACUGUCUGCCUUACCAAGCCAUGUUGUUGCUCGGGGACAAAAUGUGACUCUUAUCUGUGACACUCAUAAUGAGUCUUUGACAUUCAAGCUGUACAAAGAAUUUGGGGCUGCUGUACCUCAGUUACAUGAAGAAAUAUUCCAAAAGAACUAUGUCUUGGGUCCUAUGACUCCAGAAUAUUCUGGAACAUACAGAUGCUAUUGUAACAGUCAUCAAUACACUAAUGAACUGUCAUCACACAGUGACCCUCUGAAGAUCAUAAUUUCAGGAAUCUACAGGAAGCCUUUCUUCUUGACCCUGCCAACUCUCCUGAUAAAUUCAGGAGAGAAGGUGAAACUGGAGUGUCAUUCAGAGAUUAUGUUUGACAACUUCAUUUUGACUCUACACAAAAAUAAGAUAACCAAGGACUCUAUCCAGCUUUCUGCAGAAUCUCAUCUUGGGGGGUCCCAUGCCAACUUUUCAAUAGGUCCUGUGACGCCUGACCAUGCUGGGACUUACACAUGCUAUGGUUCUUACAAUCAAACACCAUAUGAGUGGUCCGAAUCCAGUGACCCUGUUGACAUAAAGAUCACAGGUUUAUACAAGAAACCUUCUCUUUCAGCCCUUAUAGACCCUGUGGUGACAUCAGGAGAGAACAUGACCUUGUCCUGUGUGUCUGACCAUCAGUUUGACAUGUUCCAUCUCUCCAGAGAAGGAGUGCCUCAGGGACAUGGGCUGCCUGUAGUUAAGAGCCACAAUGAGACAUUUCAGGCCAAUUUCUAUCUUGGCUAUGUGAUCCAGGCAGGGACCUAUAGAUGUUAUGGCUCUUUCCGUAAUUCUUCCAAUGUGUGGUCAUCCUCAAGUGACCCAUUGUACAUUCCUGUCACAGUUAACUCAACAAGAAACUGCACUUCAUGUACAGAACCAGAUUCCAAAACUAAUAUUCACAGGAACAUGUAUAUUCUGAUUGGCCUGUCAGUGACCAUGAUCCUUGUCUUCCUCAUCAUCCUGCUUUACUUUUGUUACUUGGCCAAAAAGAGCAAGUCUCAGGAAGAAGCCAGUGAGUGUCAACUGAGUAACACGAGGAACCAAGACUGGAGAAAUACAGCCAUCAUGGACCAGGACUCUGACAUGAGAACAACACUGAACAGACAGGAUCCUGAAAGACAAGAAGUGCAGGAUGUGGCAUACUUAGAAUUUGAUCAGAUGAUCUUCAAACAAAAAUUGACCACUCCCAAUUCCAGAUUCCCAAGGACUUUUCCACAGAUCCCACUGUGUACAUGGAAGUCAGGAAAUGUUACGCUGAGAUGAAAGAUCUUCUUCAUCCCAUGAGCUCUUAAAGAAAGCUCUGAGGAAGUCCUCUGUGGGGACCACAGUCCUUUCUCCAGUAAAGACUGAUAGAUGCAGUGAAACAACAGCUGGAAUGUGAAGACAGAGGUCUAUAAUUUUUUGACCAUCCUUUAUUAUUCUCAUAUGGUUCUCACAGUGACUUUCCUUUACUUAUGAAAGUAUGGUCCUCAUUAACUCCUCCAAAGUAAUCAAACCCUUUUGCUUAGUACUUAGGUAUGUAUUUCAUUUCACUCUGGCAGACCACUACAAACGUUCUACCUGUACAUUGUUGACCUACUUGAAGCUAUUUUAAGUAUCUUACAAUUGCAGAUCAACAGGAGGCUCACUCUGUAUUGCUAAUAUGUAAUAAUGUUAUACAAAAUAAUGGUUUUUAAGGCAAAUUUGUAUAUGUAUAAAAUCUAUGUUGAUCAUAAUUCAUACCCAGUUACCCUAUAUUGACUUUCCACCAUUCCUGAUGAUAUCAUUCACCAAGCCCACUCUUAACAUUGGGUUUUAUAUUUUGCUGUACUGUGUACCCUAAAUGCUGUAAGUCAAAGUCUUCUCUCACCAGAAGAAUCUUCAUAUUUCUUUAAUAUUUCAAUGUAGGCUUCCCCAAUAUUGAAACAUUUUCUAAGAUGUGGUUGAAAUAAACACCUCCUACUCUCAUCAUUCAAUUACCUUCCUAUUGAAAAAUUAGUUUAUCAGUCCUUGGAUGGGGUUUCUGGUACAACUAUUAGGGUGUUUGGCCAUCCCAUCACCAGAG